CAACUCCGAAACAGUACGGAAGCAGCACUGUCCGGGAAAUCCCGAUCGCCAUCUCCCCCUCCACCCCCCUUUACUAAUGUUACCGCACCUCCAACCUUCCCUCCCCCCAGCCAGAGGAGUAGAAACAACAAGCCGCCAUUUUGUUUGUGCGGAGAGAGUGAAGGAGGCAGGAGCGACCGAAAAAAAAAGCCACUCGAGCGCCGACCACUGCGACUCUGAGCGCCGCCGGCUCCGUCCUCGCGGAUCCAAACCGGAUAAAACACAACCCGGGUGAUUAGCGGAGGAAACGGAGGGAGAUUAUAGAUUCUUCAGUGUGGAAAUAAAAAAAGCAGACCGGGUUUGCCUUUCUUUUUCUGUUCUUUUUUUUUAAACGAGGCGGAAGAGGGCAAUACAUUUAAACGAAGGGAAGCUCGUCAGGGGGAAAAGGAAAAUAACAGCGUCACGAAGUGGGAAUAUCUGUGAAAUUACAUCGCCGGUUGCUGGUGGACGACAGCGAAAGUGGGAAAAAUUGCAGGAACUGUGCAAAAGAAGGGAGAAAUUUAAAAGGGAUGAACGCGCAGGGGGGUUCACAGCAUCACAAAGCCUAUGAAAGGGGUUUGAGGACCCCCAGAUUUUGGGGGGUGCAGCUGGCAAUAUCACCCGGAUCGGCAGAUGCUUCAGACCCGAAAUAUUACUGAAGUCCACCUCGGUUCGGUUCAUUCUAUUUUCGACCCACUGCUGUUCCUCUCGCUCUUUCUUUAAUGCUCCGCAAGGCUCUUCGUGCAGUGACAAAUUAUUCUUAUUUGCUCGAUGUGACAGUGCAUUGAAAUACAAGCAAAUGCAUUGACCAACUUCACUUGAUUCCCAUUCUUUAGUUCGUGGCGUGCACACAGCGAACUGCGAGACAACAUCUUCUUGCACUUCAGACGAAUUGCAUACAUGUUCUGUCCAUCAGACAGCCACUUUUGAAAUCAUUUCUUUGCAUUUUUUUGCAUGCACGAGCUGUGCGCAGUGCAGGGUGGUCUCGUGAAGCAAUGGUCAGAGAUUUCCUGCAAACACUUUUAACUCGUGCAGUGGACACAUUCACACAGAGGGCGCACGAGCCAUAUUCAGAUGUGAAUGCACAAUAAACCAUUUAACUUGACACUUUGAAGUGUUGUUGCAAAAUACUAAGACAUGGACACUUAAAUAUGCAAGUUGUCUGGAAUCCUCUGAAGUGGUAGCUCGUGCAUUCAAACUCAAGUCAUUUCAGUCCUUGGAUGCACAUUUCUCGUGUUAUUUAUUCUGCAAAGAGGAGGAAACUUUUACAUUCAUAUGAUUGCUUAAUUCUAUUACGAUUUUCAAGUAUUUAUUUGUUCUCUCUAUCCAACUUGAUUACUUGGGAGGAAAUAAAGACGUCGGCGAAGGAGAUUCAUGUCAAUUUUAAGGAGCUCGAUGGACUUUUAAUCAAAGUAAAGUGAUGCUGUUUGAGAAUUGCACAUGCUACAAUGCAAAGCGAGAAGGAAUUCUGAAUCUUAUUGUUUGCUUAUAAGCAUUGCAUGAAGUCGCACCGGAGUGAGUUCGCUUUCUCGUACACAACGCCUUAAAAAAAACCCCAACACUUCAGUUCGCCGCCGACAAUGGCGGAAAAGACGGAUGCAAGCAGCGAGGAUAAAUCUUGGGAAAAUUGCUCAGUCGCCGAGGAGGCUACGUGAGUUUGCGGCGAGCUUGCAUGACCGUCUGUCCCUCCCUUCACCUCCUCCAUUCGGAAAUAUACUUUGAGGAACUAAAGACUAGAAAAUCUUAAAAGGGAGCAUUAAAGGUGGACUGAACAUUGAAGCAUUGCAUUGCAUGCAUGUAUCGUCCCAUGAAAGGGAAACGGGAAUACGUCCGGAGCUCGUGAACGAGGAGAUUUCAUUCGCACAUCGGCUCGCGACUGCACAGGAAGGGCUAUCCUACGCGGGAUAUAUGCAUUAACACUAAACCGGAGGAAAACUAUGGCCGAUAAUGUGCUGGACUCCGGUCCGCCUUCAGCUAAGAGGCCUAAAUUGUCUUCCCCGGCUCUGUCGGUCUCCGCGAGCGAUGGAAACGAUUUCGGCUCUCUAUUUGACCUGGAGCAUGACCUCCCAGAUGAGCUCAUUAACUCCUCCGACCUGGGCCUUCCUAACGGGAUGGACCCCAGCCAGUUGCACACCAGUCUGGGAGGCGGAGGGAUGUCAGGUCCUCUGGGCGGCUCGGGCCAGGACACUGCGGCCAAACACAAGCACCUGUCUGAGCUCCUCCGCCCUGGCGCCCCUCCAUCCACCUCCACAGCCACCAGCAGCCCCGGUAACGCGGCCUCCCUGGGGAUGAUGGGAGGUCUGGGCGGCGGCCCGGUUACUCAGGGACUGGGUGGCCCUCAACAGCAGCAGCCUGGCAUGAUGCAGCAGCCUGGCAUGGUGUCGGGAAUGAACCGGGGCAUGAUGGGCACCCAGAAAGGGAACGGACAGCCGCAGAGCAUGAUGGGAGGGCAGAUGAUGAAUGGUGCACCCAGAAUGGGCUACGCCAAUGUGAACAUGAAUGCGGGCAUGGCUGGUAACGGGAACAUGUUGCCCGACUCUCUGCAGCAGCAGAACGCAGGGCAGCAGAUGGCGCAGGCAGCAAUGAGACCGCAGCAACCAGGAACAGUGAACAAGAUGGGAAUGAUGGCUGCUCCGGGCCCCUACGGCGGUUCGUACGGUCAGUGUGGAGGACAGUCCCUUGGGCCUCAGCUCCAAAACAAAGCGGGUCAACCCAACAGCAUUAACCAGUUCAACAUGGACAAGAAACCUCAGCAUGGGCAGAAUAUGGGUGGCAUGCAGAGCUCAGGUGUGGUGGGUGGCGUCUCGGGCCCGGUUGGGGCAGUAGCGCCCCCUGCGGCGGACCCGGAGAAGCGUAAACUCAUUCAGCAGCAGUUGGUGCUGUUACUGCAUGCUCACAAGUGCCAUCGCAGAGAGCAGGCCAACGGAGAGGUCCGCCAGUGCAACCUGCCCCACUGCAGAACCAUGAAGAACGUCCUUAAUCACAUGACCCACUGUCAGGCCGGCAAAUCCUGCCAGGUGGCUCACUGCGCGUCCUCCAGGCAGAUCAUCUCUCACUGGAAGAACUGCACGCGGCAUGACUGUCCCGUCUGCCUGCCGCUCAAGAGCGCCGGAGACAAAAGAAACCAGCAAUCUCUGCUGGGAGGUGCUGGGAUGGGCAUGGGUGGUCCAUUAGGUGGGUCAUUACCUGGCGGCCAGCCUUCAGCCCCAAACUUAAACCCACCCAGUCAGAUUGACCCAAGCUCCAUCGAAAGGGCGUAUGCCGCUCUUGGACUCACCUACCAGGGCAACCAGGCAUCCAGUCAGAAUCAGCAGACCUCGGUACCUUCUCAACCCGGCAUGAGGACACUCAACAACAUAGCAGGUGGGAACUCAAUGGGAGUGAACGGUGGAGUCGGGGGUCCGAUGACGAACCAGCAUCCGGGAAUGCUGCCUGACGGCAUGUUGCACAGGAACAUGAGUCUGAUGAAUGACACCUCUGGUGUUGGUAACAUGAGUUCUGUAGCGACUGCCACGCCCCCCUCUGCAGGAAUGAGGAAGAGCUGGCAUGAAGACAUCACACAGGACCUCCGGAAUCACCUCGUACACAAACUUGUGCAGGCUAUCUUCCCCACUCCGGACCCUGCAGCACUGAAGGAUCGUCGUAUGGAGAAUCUUGUAGCUUACGCACGCAAAGUGGAGGGUGACAUGUACGAAUCUGCCAACAGCAGGGCGGAGUAUUACCACUUGUUGGCGGAGAAGAUUUAUAAGAUUCAGAAGGAGCUGGAGGAGAAGAGGAGAACCAGACUGCAGAAGCAGGGUAUGAUGCCAGCUCAGCCUGGCAUGCCCAACAGUGCUCUACCUCAAGCACCAGCUGGCAUGAAUCAGGCACAGCUGCCCAAUGGUCCUCAUUCAGAUCCGUCCUUAGUUCAAGCCACUGGACCCAAUCAGAUGGUCAACCGCAUGCAGAAUCCUGCUGGUAUGGCACACUCACUAAAUGGUAUGAAUCAGUUUGCCCAGGUGGGGAUGCAGCAGCCAAUGGGUCAAAGGGCAACGCCGCCCCUGCCGAUGGGAGCAAACCUUAAUCAGAUGAGUAUGCAGGGAACACCUCGAAUGGCUCAACCCAAUGUACCCCAGUUACAAAAUCAGUACAUGCAGAACCAGUUUCCAGGGACGGGUGCUGGACUGGGCCAGGGUGUGGUUGGCCUGAACCAACCUGCAGGGCAGGGAGCCAUACCACAGAAUCAGAUGCCCACUCCACCGUCGCUGGCAGUCAGUAGUCCAGUAGCUCAAACUCAGUCUGCGGUCUCUGGCUCUGGAGCCUCUGUUGGCCCUCAGGGGCCUCCGUCCAACCUCCACCAACCUGCUCCACAGUCAGGAUUGCACACGCACUGUCCUCCCUUACUCCAGAACUCCCCUUCUCCCGCACGCAGCCUCACCCCUACCCCUGCACCGCACCAAACGCCCCCGCAGUUGCCGGGCAACCAGACUCCCCAGCCCCACACCCCCACUUCUUCGACCACUAUGGCCCCACCUGCAACGCAGCUGCCCCCGAUGGCACAGGGGGUAGGCUCAGAAAAAGCCAGUCAGCUACAGCAGCAGUCACAUGGGGGCGGAGCCACCGGAGGCCCCCAAACAGGGCUAGCGUCAUCUGUGCCUUCCCAGAAUACCCACGGGCUUUGUGCACACCCACACACUCCUCUGUCUCAGAAGUCGUCUCUUACUGCGGACGGUCAGGCCUCAACUCCUGCCUCGGUCAGCAGUGCUGACCCUAGCUCGCAACUGACAUCGUCUGAGCCCACCGCCCCACUCGACCCCAAAACUGAGGUCAAGCAGGAAGAAGAGGAUGAGAAUGAGACGGAAGAUAAGGCCUCAGGGAAAAUGGCCGCCAUGCAAACUGAGAUAAAGUCUGAGGAGAAACCAGAGAAGGAGGAGCCUGCAGGUGAUGAAUGCAAGACGGAACCAAUGGAAACAUCGACUGGGUCGACAGAUGAGGAUAAGAAGCCGGAGGUCAAAACCGAACCCAAAGAGGAAGAGACUGCAGGGACAAACAGCACUCCCGCAAACACACAAAGCAAGAAGAAAGUCUUUAAGCCCGACGAGCUCCGCCAGGCUUUAAUGCCCACUCUGGAAGCUCUGUACAGACAGGACCCAGAGUCGCUGCCCUUCCGGCAGCCGGUGGACCCCCAGUUACUGGGAAUACCCGUACGUAUUCGAACUAGUAACAAAACUAACCUGGACUACUUUGACAUAGUAAAAAACCCCAUGGACUUGUCCACUAUCAAGCGUAAGCUGGACACGGGUCAGUACCAGGAGCCCUGGCAGUACGUGGACGACGUGUGGCUGAUGUUCAAUAACGCCUGGCUGUAUAACAGGAAGACGUCACGGGUGUAUAAAUACUGCUCCAAACUGGCUGAGGUGUUUGAACAGGAAAUAGACCCCGUUAUGCAGGAAAUGGGGUACUGCUGUGGAAGGAAGUUGGAGUUUUCUCCUCAAACUCUGUGCUGCUAUGGCAAACAGCUGUGUACUAUCCCUCGCGAUGCUGCGUACUUCAGUUACCAAAACAGUUCACCCAAAUAUGGGCUUCUUGCUGACAGGUACCACUUCUGUGAGAAGUGUUUCAACGAAAUCCAGGGGGAGAAUGUGUCCCUGGGGGACGAUCCAACCCAGCCUCAAACGUCCAUCAAUAAAGAUCAGUUUCAACGGAAGAAGAACGACACCCUCGACCCCGAACUACUGCUGGAAUGUGCCGACUGUGGUCGAAAAAUGCAUCAGAUAUGCGUUCUGCACAAUGAGACAAUAUGGCCGUCAGGGUUUGUUUGUGGGGGCUGUCUGAAAAAAGCCAAUGCAACAAGGAAGGAGAAUAAAUACUCUGCAAAGAGGCUUCCGCAGACAAAGCUUGGUAACUACCUGGAGACACGAGUGAAUGAGUAUCUGAAGCGUCAGAGUCAUCCAGAAUCUGGUGAUGUCACCGUCCGUGUGGUCCACGUCUCUGAUAAAGUGGUGGAGGUCAAACCUGGCAUGAAGUCCAGGUUUGUUGAUAGCGGCGAGAUGUCAGAGUCAUUCCCGUACAGGACAAAAGCUCUGUUUGCAUUUGAGGAUAUUGACGGAACAGAUGUCUGCUUUUUUGGAAUGCAUGUGCAAGAAUACGGUUCCGACUGCCCUCUGCCCAAUCAAAGACGUGUGUACAUCUCCUACCUAGACAGUGUGCACUUUUUCCAACCCCGUCACCUGAGAACAGGAGUCUAUCAUGAGAUCCUCAUUGGAUACUUGGAGUACGUUAAAAAAAUGGGGUUUGUCACUGGACACAUCUGGGCUUGCCCACCAAGUGAGGGUGACGACUACAUCUUCCAUUGCCACCCGUCGGAUCAGAAGAUUCCCAAACCUAAACGCUUACAAGAGUGGUACAAGAAAAUGCUUGACAAAGCAGUAGCUGAGAGAAUUGUACAUGACUACAAGGACAUUUUUAAGCAGGCAACAGAAGAUCGUCUGACCAGCGCAAAGGAGCUCCCAUAUUUUGAGGGUGAUUUUUGGCCUAAUGUGUUGGAGGAGAGUAUUAAAGAGCUGGAACAGGAGGAGGAAGAACGGAAGAGAGAGGAGAACAACACCUCUAGUGAAAGCAUUGAUGCGACCAAUGGUGACAGCAAGAAUGCCAAAAAAAAGAACAGCAAGAAGACUAGCAAAAACAAAAGCAGCUUGAGCCGGGCCAAUAAAAAGAAACCAGGCAUGCCAAAUGUCUCCAAUGAUCUAUCCCAGAAACUCUAUGCCACGAUGGAGAAACACAAAGAGGUUUUCUUUGUUAUUCGUCUCAUCGCUGGCCCUUCUGCCAAUUCCCUUCCACCCAUUUUGGACCCUGAUCCCCUGAUGGCCUGUGAUCUAAUGGAUGGACGAGAUGCUUUCCUAACACUUGCACGAGACAAGCACCUUGAAUUCAGCUCGCUGAGGCGGGCCAAAUGGAGCUCCAUGUGUAUGCUAGUAGAACUGCACAAUCAGAGCCAGGACCGCUUUGUCUACACGUGCAAUGAAUGCAAGCAUCACGUUGAGACACGCUUUCACUGCACUGUUUGUGAGGAUUAUGAUCUUUGCAUCACUUGCUACAACACCAAGGGCCAUGAACAUAAGAUGGAGAAACUUGGACUGGGUCUUGAUGAUGAGAGCAACAACCAAGCUGCAGCUUCCACUCAGAACCCUGGUGACUCGCGUCGUCUCAGUAUCCAGCGCUGCAUCCAGUCUCUGGUGCAUGCGUGCCAGUGUCGCAAUGCUAAUUGCUCUCUGCCAUCUUGCCAGAAGAUGAAGAGAGUGGUGCAACAUACUAAGGGCUGCAAGCGCAAGACCAAUGGUGGAUGUCCCAUCUGUAAACAACUCAUUGCACUAUGUUGCUAUCAUGCCAAGCACUGCCAGGAAAACAAGUGUCCCGUGCCCUUCUGUCUCAACAUCAAGCACAAGCUUCGUCAGCAGCAGCUGCAACACAGGCUUCAGCAAGCUCAAAUGCUGCGUAGACGUAUGGCCACCAUGCAGCGUGCAGGACAGCCACCACCGUGUGGUGGUGGGCCUCCUGGAGGUCUUCCAUCACCUGGUAACAACGGGGCCACAGGUCCUAGCACACCAACGUCGGUCGGUACGCAGCCUGCAACACCUCAGACACCCACACAGCUGACACCGAACCUUACAUCUCUGCCCCAGCCUGGUGUGGGUGGAGUCCCAGCUGGAGCUCCCCAGCAGCCUCCUCAGCAUCCCGUCCACCACCAGUUUCAGCAGAUGCCAGGUGCAGGCGGGAUGAUGACCUCACCACAGCACCAAAUGGUUCCUCAGCAACCUUUGGGGCAAGUCCCACAUCCACACAAUCAAUAUGGUCCCCAUUCCACAGGUCCCUCCCCAAAUCCACAGUCCCAGGGUAAACCAGGCCUUGGUCAUGCGACUCCUCCACAACUCCCUAGCAACCCAGGCACAGCAUCCAUGUCCCAGCAACAGCAACCUUCAGGUCCUCCGCCUGCAGCUGUGGAGAUAGCCAUGAAGAUUCAGCAAGUGGCAGAUGCACAGCGAAAGAUGGCACAGGUUCAGUUGCUACAAAGGCAGGCUGCGCAAGCUGGCAUGAUGCCUCAGCACCAACAGCCACAGGGACAAAUGGGAGUAGCCCACCCUGGUAUUGGCAUGGUAGGGCCACAAGGGUUAGCCCCGCAGGCACAAACAUCAGCGAACAGGGUGCAGAUGGAGCAGCAGCAAGGACCUCAGGGAAUGAUGGUAGGAGCUGGGCCCAUGCAGCAGCAGCAUCAGCCGCAGCCUCAACAGGCAGGUGUGCAAGGGCAGAUGGCACCACAAAUGCAUCUACAGCAGCCGAGAAUGAACCCACCACUUCAGCCUCAGCAGCAACAGUGGGCAGGGCAGGGUAUGCCAGCCCAGCAGAGACCUGCCAUGAUGGCUCAGCCGGGAAUGGUUGCAAUGCAGCCCCAACCGCAGCAGCAACAACAACAAAUGCAACAGCAAGCAUCCCAAAUGCCAAAUCGAAAUGCCUUGAUGAGUAUGGUGCAGGCUGGUCUGCAAAGUGGUGUAGCAAGCGGGGCAGCAGCUGGCAAUCUGCCCCAGGGAGCCCUGCAGGAACUUUUGCGGACCUUGCAUUCUCCAAGCUCUCCCCUACAACAGCAGCAAGUCCUCAACAUUCUUCGGUCUAAUCCACAACUAAUGGCAGCAUUUAUCAAGCAACGGGUUCAGAAGUAUAAAGGAGGCACAGGUGGCCCUGCUGGACCUCAGGGAGGACCAGGACCUAUGGGAGGUCAACCAGUGGGUGUCACUACUGGGGUGCCCCAACCUGGCAUGCACCUUGGACAGGGUGUUAACAUGCAGACUCAACUUUCUCAGCUCCAACAGCAGCAGCAAAUGCAACAGCGGCCGCUAUUGCAACAGCAGCAGCAGCAGCAAGUCACUGCUUUGCAGCAGCAGCAACAACAACAACAACAGCAGCAGCAGCAACAGCAGCAGCAAGGUAUUCAGGGUCAGGGGGCUCCAAACAUGGCCAACAUAAAUCCACAGUUUAGAGAGCUGGUCAUGAGAAGGCAACAGCAACUACAGUUUCAGCAGCAGCAGCAACAACAACAACAACAGCAACAACAACAACAGCAGCAGCAGCAGCAACAAAUGAGCAAUCAUGCCGCAUUUCAACAGCAGCAAGCGUACAUAGGCCAGCAGGGUAACAUGCAAAUCCCACCAGGAGGCCAACCACUACAAGGGGUGCAACCCGGCCAGCAGCAGAGUUUUCCAGGCAACCAUGCACAACAGCAAGCUGCAGCUGCAGCUGCCUUGCAACAGAGACUUGCACAGCAACACCAGCUACAGAUGCAACAGCAGCAGAAUGUGGCAUCACAAGGUGCCGACAUGGGGCCCGGAGGAGGUCCACAGCCCACACAAGGAGGUCCCGGUCUUCAGACAUCACAGGCAUUAUUGCAACAGGCCUUGCAUCAGCGUAUGCUUCAGCAGCAACAUCAUCUCAGUGGCACCUCACCGGCACAGCAAAACAACCCCAUGAGCCCGCAGCAGCAACAGAUGUCUCAGUCGCCCCACUUGCAGGGCCAACAGCUCCCAUCCUCCCUCAGCAACCAGGUUUGUUCCCCUCAGCCUUCCCCACGACCCCAGUCCCAGCCACCUCACUCAAGUCCGUCCCCACGCCUGCAACCACAGCCCUCGCCCCACCACAUCUCGCCUCAGACCCAAACGGGUUCACCGCAUCCUAGCCACCUUCAGCAGCAUCACUCAGGCAUGGCGCCACCUCCUCCACCUCCCCAACAGCCACAGCACAACUCUAAAGACCCAGGCGGAUUUGGUGCAGAUCAGAAUGCCAUGCUUUCUCAGCUCAGUGGCAUGGCAGGACUCCAUGGACCUGGAGCUAAUGAUAUGCUUCCACCUAGUAGCCAGGACCUUGGCAUUAACAUGAAUCUAACCCUUUAGACUUCAGAUAGUUAUUACGAAAUUUACAAAACCUCACCAGAGACAGUGUUAGCUUUUUUAUAUACUGCAAAGAUGAAUUUAGUGUUUUUCCAGCAUAAAUGAAGAUGGACCCUCCUAUGAGAAAUAGCAACUAUUUGACAAAUAAGUAUGGGGUGUUUUUUUUUUUUUCUUUUCUUUUGCCAUUUGUGUACAAAUUGAGGAUUGUUUCUCAGCCUCAGAGAACAAACCACAAAUAUUUUCAACGUCAGGUCCAGGGGAGUACUUUUCCUUUUUCAAGAGAUAUUUUUUAAGAUUUUAAAAGUGGUAUAAAAUUAAAGUGCAAAUGAUUAAGGACUUUUUUUUAUAUAUUUGACCAUGUACCAGUCUCUGUUAUGUGUUUUACAGUCAUAUGGAACAUUUCAAACGUUGUGAUGCCUAAAUUGUUAUUAUAAUUAUCUGAACAUCAUGCAUAUCUUCCUUGUAAAUUGAGUUUUGCAUUUUAUUUAUUCUAGCUUUUUCAUUUUUUUUUUUUUUGUCUUGAUGGAUUUUGUUCAUGUGUGUUCCCAGAGACUGCUACAGUUCACAUAGAAUAUAUUUUUGUUAAUACCUAUUAAAAUGGGGAGCUAUUCCUUUACUCUAGCUGGAGAUUUAGGUUGAGUAUAAUAUAAAUUACAGUGUUGGGGGAUCGGGUUUGGUGUGCGCUCUGCUGCCCAAUGGAUCUUAUUUCAUGCCAUAUUGGAAAUUCCAUUGGACAUCACUGCUUCUGCAACAGGACAAGUUCUUGGACGCACACACCUGCCCUCAGAAUGUGUGCGCACUCCUUAAAAAGACUUACUGGAUAGUGGAGGUGUCUGUACAGGUUGGAUGAAAGUUUAUGUGUGUAUGUGUGAAUGUGUAUGUGUGUAUUGGAUGUGGUGCUGGAAUUCAUCUGCUCGCGCCGAUGUCAUAUUGAGCAGCGUUUCACAUAUGAACUGUAUGGUGCAGUGAAACGGCGGUGAAGAAGCGACGGGCCACUGAUCUCACAAUUUUCAUCUUCAGUACCACUCCUACUUUUUCUCCACUUCCAGAAUUUUCUUUGCUCUGAACUUUGGGAGUUUAAUUUGAAUAUUUUGUACUGUACAAAGGAAACACAAACUGUGGACUUCUUACUUUUUUUUAAUAAAAUGAAGAUAAAUUUAA